GUUGAGAAAGUGGUUGUCUCAGAGCAUACCUUCAAGAAACUCUCUGAUGAUCAACUCGCUGCGCGGGAAAUUUUUGGAGGCCGGCUCGAAAUCACUCCUGGUACGGCCUCCCAGGAGCAGCAGUGGAAGCUCGCUACAGCUCCGUUGCCGCGACCCUUGCCACCGCCGGCCUUUGCUUGGACCGUUCUGGCAACUCGACAUCAGGAAGUGGUUCUCCCUGCAGUCUUGCAGCCGAAGGCCAGGACUCGGAUCUUCUUUCGAGCCUCCAGGGCCGACUUUGUUGCCAACCUGUCGAUGAUCCGCAGCAGUCAGGGCUCGGUAAGCCUUUCAAGCCACAUGCAAAUUGCCGUGAGAGGCGAGAAUUGCACUCUGACUGGGCGUAAGGAGAGGGUUGAAGACCCUACGUUCAAUUCCGGCUUGGGCGCGGAGCACAAGGCCAUCAUGUAUUGCAUUGACUUGGAUGGGCGCCAGAAUCGCAUUCAGUUUACUCAUGCCGGAGUCUCAAGCAUGCUCAACCCCAAGGUGCUCGAAGUCCGCAAUGUGAACGCCAUGCCCAAAUUCUUGAGCUUCAGCAUGCCCAGUGGGCACAUCAGCUUCAGUGAUGUUAGAAUUGUCUCAGGGACUGAUGAUGAACGCUUGUUGGAGCAUGAGCGCCCCUGGAUUCCUGUGAUGCGCAAGGCGGUUGCGCCAUUAGCAGAGGAGGACAAGCCGGACAAGCAGCUCAAGGUGACCUUCGAGGAGGAACCUUCCAUCGGCUGGAUGACGCGAGCAUACAAUGCAGCGUACAACUAUGUUACACGCAGCAAGGGCCAGUCGCAAGUCUCUUUCUGCAGUCAUGGCACUGAUUGCAAAGUUGCUUACUAUACGAAAGACCGAUCGCAGGAGGAUGAGAACCACAUGAACACGAACAGGCAUAUUUGUUUGUAUGGCAAAAGUUGCAGAAAACACGAGGAAUCAACUGAGCAUGACCAACACUUCUCGCACAUGGAGAAGGAAACUUGUGCUGCGCAGCCUUGUGAUCAGCUUUGUGAUCCUUUCCACCGAGCCGAGUAUCAUCAUCCAGGCAUGUGGGAUCUCCUGCUACCUUGUCGUGAUGGCGCCUCGUGCAAGAAGCAAUCAACUCACCUUCAUUGCCAGAAGUACCACCAUCAAGAGAUCACGUACGUCGUGAAUGACGAGGGCGUGCAGGUUCAGGCAAAGGCUGCCCCGAAGAAGAGCGCGCAAGACAGCAAAGCGGUGCGCGGAGCAUGCGCGCAAGGUCGGGGAUCGGGCGCCAGCAGCAGCCACGAGACGCGAGAGGUCCGCCAUCGUGGUGAAGCCAUGGAAGUUGAUUUCGGUUUUGACAAGAUCGACGUGGAAGUGCAGGAUCGAAUUGAUGACAUGGCGGGGAUCUACAACGAUGCUGCCAUCAGUGGUGAUUUUGGUGGUGCUCAGCUGGAUAUCUAUGGCAAUCCGGUUGGAGGCGACUUUGACUUAGCACGUGAUGGCGCGUUCGAAGGCUUUAAGAUCCUGGUGCUCUGCGCCUAUCACGGCGAGGGUCUUCCAGCAUACUUGCAAAGUCUUACCAUUCCUGAGCUAUCGAAAAAGGGCUUCAAUGUCAAGACUUGCAUGACCGUGGACGAGUUCACGCAAGAGCUUCGUCGGCAUCAGUAUCACGUGGCCUGGAUUCUCAGUUCUCAAACUUUUGAAGGAAACAAGAGCGCCUUCUUGGAGGAGAUUCAGAAGUUUCAUGAGGCUGGCCGCGGUCUUAUGAUCUGGGGCGACAAUGAUCCGUUUUACGUGCAUGCCAAUCUCAUUUUGGAGAAGCUCUUUGGAUUCCGCCUGAUGGGCAACACGCCAGGAACGAAAGAACUCCGCCCCGGAAAUCCACGCUCUGCAGGUCACUUUGGUGGACUUCCAAAAGUCUGCGCAGGGAUUGUCACUCUUCACGAGGGAGUGACCAUUUGCUACCCCAACAAAGUGCCAGAAGAUUGGCUGGUUUUUGGCACAUCUUCCAACAAUCAUCCUGUGCUUGUGGCAAGAGAAGCAUCUUCAGAGCGUCCAGGAAAGCCAGGGACCGGCCGCGUGAUUGUCGACAAUGGCUUCACCAAGCUCUACCAAAGCUAUUGGAGUACUGCAGGCACUGCGCGAUACGUGAGCAAUUGCUCUGCCUGGUUGGUGCUGCGAGAGCGUUUCCGCCGGCCUCAGUGGGGGUUCCAUCCGGCUCCUCAGUACCAUGCGGGCGGAGCUUAAGCUGCGGGCGUGUCGAGACAGCAUGCCGAUGGCCUGGGAAAUUCAAUGAACGUGCAUGUAGACUCUAGUAGACUUGGGUCCAACAAGUGGCUCAACUUUAGUAGGCGGCGCAACAUGUUCUUCCCUCUUGCAGCUCGUCAGAUCUCUCACCUUUGUUUGUGUUGUUUGAUGACCUUGCAACUUUUCAGUUGGCACAUUUGCGGUGCACUGUUGCUUAUAUGUAAAGCUGUAAGUAUAGAUUGCGCUUCAGCCCCAUAGUUUUUGCAAGUGUUUCUGUGGAAGAGUGCAAAAGUUGGUUUAGCAACAAGUCAGAUCCAAAAACGAUCUUGUCCACAGGUGAACUGAUUCGUCUUCCUGUGAAACUUGCUCACAACCCGCUCUCCACCGCCUUGGCGAGAAUAUAGAUAGCGGUUUCUUUCGCGAAGGAUUCCUCUUAUGUCUUGUUGCACUACUCACUAGUCAAAAGUGACAGCACUGAGUUGUGGACAGUCAAGGCACGGAGAUUCAAUGAGGCCAUAUUAGUGUCCUCCAAACCUUCAUACAAUCUGAGUUGGCUUGGAUAGACACCCUGCAAGUUGCCUAGCAUCAGCCAUGACGGAGAAAGCAGAGCGUGCUUGUUGGGCAGUACGUGGAAACGGCUUUGCAGUCCGGAAUGUCAACUUGCUCAGCGUGUUGUGACUUAGAAGCUCAAACAAAUCCAUAAAGUGGUGCUCCAACAUGACGCAGCUGCGUUCCUUGCCAGCUCUGCUGACAGUGUUCGACAUCUAGAAUUGAUGCAUGUUUGUCAUAGGCGCAUACAUUAUAUACUAAGGAAGAGUUGACUUAUUGAGCCAUGGGCUCGCAAGCGAUCAUGCAUUUCUCAUCACAAGUCACCAGAGAAGUUUGACGAUUGCUAGAUACUUCAGCGUGAUCUCCAAGUAGGCAUUCAGCGUUGAUGACGCGUAUUGGAACUAAAGAGUGCAAAUUGCCAUGGGUCAAAUGGUUGUUUGUGGCCCGAUUUGUUGAAUGUUACCAGAUGUUACCAGCAUUUGGAGAGAAGUGCAACAGUUAUUCAGAUGACAGCGGUUUGGAC